GUGUUGCAUUAGCGGGCGCGCAGAUCUGGUCUUUUGUUGAUUAGGUCCACCCGUCCGGUCAAAAGUCUGCGAAUUUAGCCUGAUCCUUUUGGUGGGUCGAUGCGUUUGGCUUCGUUUUCUGGGGGGUGGAUCUUGCAUUUGACCCCCGCGCGCGCGCUCCCCGUUUCAUUGCGUCCUUUGGAGAGCCGGGAAUCUGUUUUUGCUUGUACCGUCGUUGAGAAUGUAGCGUAGUUUUUCCUCGAAAGUUUGGCGAUGUCUUUGCGCGUGGGGGGAUGUGAGGAUUCAGAAUGCGCAUGUGGGUUCUUGUUGAUGGGCUGUGUCUUUUGAAACUCCUCGUGUUUGACAAUGUUUCUAAAUAGUAAAAAGAACGUGACCGAUUGGUUUGGGAAGCGUAAUCAGCAACUAAUUGUGGUUAAAAAUAGGCUUUGCUAUUGUCUUGCACCCCGAAAAGAAAGACUCUAUCAGGCAUCCUUCUGUUUUGAACUGGUCUUCUGCUGUGAUCUUAUUCCUUUAGUUGUACUAAUCUCUUUUGACCAUCAAGCAACCCUGUGAAUUUUUAUUAUUUGUUGGAAGACAGAGUCCUCUUCCACUUUGUGUGGAUUGUAAGGAGCGCAUAGCAAGGAGAAGGAGGAGAAGACAUGGAGGGGACCAAGGAGACCGGACUGCGCAAUGUUGGCUCGCAUUGCUCGAUCAAUGAAAUGUUCGAUGACGAUUUCGCCCGUCUUCUUGACAAGCCGAGGCUUAACAUCGAGCGGCAGAGAUCUUUCGAUGAGAGGUCCCUUAGCGAGCUCUCGAUUGGGCUCACGAGGGUCGGGUUGGAUAACCUGGAGAGCACAUAUUCGCCUGGGAGAAGGUCGGGGUUUGACACCCCAGCAUCAUCAGCUCGCAACUCUUUUGAACCUCAUCCUAUGGUGGCUGAUGCCUGGGAGACUCUAAGAAAGUCUCUGGUGUAUUACCGUGGUCAACCGGUGGGGACAAUGGCAGCUGUUGACCAUGCUUCCGAGGAAGUUUUGAACUAUGAUCAGGUGUUUGUUCGGGAUUUUGUCCCCAGUGCACUGGCUUUUCUAAUGAAUGGGGAGCCAGAUAUUGUCAAGAAUUUUCUCUUGAAGACUUUACAUCUUCAAGGAUGGGAGAAAAGAAUAGACAGAUUCAAGCUUGGGGAAGGGGCAAUGCCAGCUAGCUUCAAAGUCUUGCAUGAUCCUGUUCGGAAAACAGAUAGUCUUAUUGCAGAUUUUGGUGAGAGUGCAAUUGGAAGAGUUGCACCUGUUGACUCUGGAUUUUGGUGGAUUAUCCUGCUUCGUGCGUAUACAAAGUCCACGGGAGAUCUGUCUUUGGCAGAGACGCCAGAGUGUCAGAAGGGGAUGAGGCUUAUAUGUUCUCUUUGCCUGUCUGAGGGUUUUGAUACUUUUCCUACUUUACUUUGUGCUGAUGGUUGCUCGAUGGUUGAUCGAAGAAUGGGCGUCUAUGGCUACCCAAUUGAAAUUCAGGCACUUUUCUUUAUGGCUCUGAGAUGUGCUUUGGCAAUGCUAAAACAUGAUGCAGAAGGAAAGGAAUGCAUCGAGAGAAUUGUCAAACGCUUACACGCCUUAAGCUAUCACAUGCGAAGUUAUUUCUGGCUUGACUUCCAACAACUAAAUGACAUAUACCGAUAUAAAACUGAGGAAUAUUCCCAUACUGCAGUAAAUAAGUUUAAUGUUAUUCCUGAUUCAAUUCCGGAAUGGGUAUUUGAAUUUAUGCCAACGCGUGGUGGUUACUUCAUUGGCAAUGUCAGUCCUGCAAGGAUGGAUUUCAGAUGGUUUGCUUUGGGUAAUUGUGUAGCAAUAUUGGCAUCACUUGCUACUCCGGAGCAAUCAAUGGCUAUUAUGGAUCUUAUAGAAGCUCGCUGGGAUGAGUUGGUAGGGGAAAUGCCUCUAAAAAUAAGCUAUCCUGCUCUGGAAGGUCAUGAAUGGCGGAUAGUUACCGGUUGUGAUCCUAAAAAUACCAGAUGGAGUUAUCACAAUGGAGGAUCUUGGCCAGUGCUUCUGUGGUUGUUGACGGCUGCUUGCAUCAAGACGGGGCGGCCACAAAUUGCGAGACGAAUAAUUGAUCUGGCCGAGACCCGUUUGUUGAAGGACGGCUGGCCAGAAUAUUAUGAUGGUAAAACGGGUAGAUACGUUGGCAAGCAGGCAAGAAAGUACCAAACAUGGUCUAUAGCAGGAUAUUUGGUAGCGAAGAUGAUGCUGGAGGAUCCUUCGCACUUGGGAAUGAUUUCCCUGGAAGAGGACAAGCAGAUGAAGCCAGUGAUUAAGAGAUCUUCUUCUUGGACUUGCUGAAUAAAUCCCAACAGUAGAAAAAAGACCAGAGAAUCGAAAAGAGAACACAAGUGAGAUUAGCUUGUUCUUACGAAGAUAUUCUUUUGGUGAUUUGCAUCUUGUAGGUUUGUUUUGAACCCUUCUGAAAGUUUGGUUUUGUGUACUAUAGCAACUGCCAAAUUGCAUCAAGCUUGCUGAAUAAAAAGAAAAACAUUCUGGUA